CCUUACGGUGAUGAGCUUUGUCUUUUAACAGCGUACAUCCACGAGACAUGCCGUAACGUGUCUGCUGUGACACUAGCCCUACUCAGUGUGUAGAGGUACAUUGCUGUUGUGCACCCAUUGAGAUACUCAAGCAUCGUGACCAAGAAAAGAGCCCUGUGGGCAGUUGUGUUCAGCUGGGUUCUCUUUCUGUUGCUCUACUGUGUGGUUGUCUUCGAUUUCUUCGGAUUUGACUACAUAUCAAACUUGUACACGUGUUUACCACUGUAUGAAAAUGCCCCUGUCUAUACACUUACCAUUGUGAUAGCUUUAGCAUUACCAGUUGCGUUGGUCAUAUUGGUUACGUCGAUUUUAGUGAGAAAGUCACUUGAUGAUCAUCAACGCACAAGAGCCAGCUUAACUCAUUCUUCCUCACUUCAGCGGGGUUCUGGCAAAAAGAACCUUCCACACAAUGCAGGCAUUAAACAAACUGUUAAUCUCUUUAAAAUGAUCAGGAUUAUGAGUUUGGUAUUUUACGCAUGCUGGGUGCCGCAUAUGAUAACCGUUUCAUACUCAAUCAUAAUGCAGACUUCUGUCAACCAAUUGCUUAUCUUCUGCACCUAUUGGACCUUGGCGUCCAACAGCUUUCUCAAUACUGUCAUCUACUUCGCUAUGAAUAAAGUCUACAUGAAGAGAGGAGAGGCGAUUCUGAAGACGCUUCUUCCAGCAUGUUGUGUCAUGUGAAUACUUGGCAUCGGCAUGUGGACAAAUUUUGUUUCAGGGUGUUUUGUGGUC